AUGCGCUUAACGUUUGCCAAAGCGCUUCUCUUGGUAGCCGCGGCUCAACCCUAUAUACCCGGCUCCUUUGCCGUUCCGCUUUCCAAUAAAACGCCAUCCUCGAACCUCGAACCAUACAAGCCAGUUAGCGCCGUAAACGAACCUGCACUUCUGACAAUAGAUAAUCUUCUGGCUAGUACGCAUGCUGCUACGGAAGAUACCGUUUCCAAGAGGAACGCGGCUUGGCUUCUAGCUGCAAGAGAUCCGAACCCUCCGAAAACCCAGCCGGCCAAAGACAAAGGUGCGAAAGAUAAGGACGCUAAAGACAAGGAUGCCAAAGGCAACGACACGAAAGCAAAGGGUAAACAGAGCGCAAAGAAAGACAGCUUGGUCGCGGAUCUAAAGAAGUGCAAAGCUAUAAGAUCUUUAGUUAAGAGAAAGGAUAUUGAGGCCGAUUCCGAAUGCUUGACCGACAACAACAAAAAGACCUAUAUCGAACACUAUCAUAAAACUGAAGCACAGAUUGCUGCAGGCGGCCAUGAUCGCACGGAUAAGCCGACAGAGAAACUCAAGAACUACGUUACCAAAAACAGCAAGGGCGUAGCCUUAACUGAUGAAGACGAAGCGACCAUUAAGCAUUUAACCGGAAUCGAUGCGAAUUACAAGUUCAGUACAGAUAGUUCUGCCUGGGCAGACAUAAAGACUAUGUCUACAGGGGAGAAUAGCCGUCACCCGGUUCUCUAUAGUAAGAUUGGCAAAAACAAGGACGGCGUCCUUGCAGUUAUAUGCAAGGAAAGGUUUGCCAUUAAGGAUGCCAAUCGAUACAAGCUCGGGCAAGACGGUGAAGGAAAAGCCGAUACCUUAUUAGAUAAGGCUACUCGGGAUAAGAAGUCACUUCCGGUUUCUGAGCUUAUUUUUGAGCAGAUGAAGGAAUCAGGAAUGUAUACAGGCAAUGAGAAAGCUAUUGUCUUUGUAGCGAGCGAAGUCGGAAACCUCGUCACGUUGGAUACCAUUAUCAAGGCACACGAAGCAGUAAAUGCGCCUGAUAAUAAAGUGUCUCUUUGGCACCCUCAAAAUCAAGCGCAAAAACAAUGGUACGAACUACUUUCCGGGACGGUUAACAUUAACCCUUUCCGUUAUUUGGUUUCAGACCACCCGACUAUCGUCAAGCACUUUCGCAUUAACCAGCUUGGCACUACGCCUUUCGAUGCUGACCCUGACACGGAUCUUCCAUUGGUUCCAGCUAUGUACCUUCAGUUACUAACUAACUAA